AUGUAUGGGCACAAUAAUAGAUUUCUAUAUUAAGGAGAGCAGACUAUGAAAACAUUGCCGGGGGCUCUUGCAACAAUGGGAUAUGUAGUGAUUCUCAUACUGUAUUUGGUUUACUAGUUAUAAUCGUUAGGUUAGGUUACCUAAGUUUUAUAUCAUAAAAAUUUCAUUGGCACUUCGAUGGAAUCAUUGACACUAAAUGAAAAUAAUUUCUUUAUAGAAGUUUCGGUAGCAGCACCAGCAACAUUUAAAGAUUUAUAAGAAGUUGAUAGUUAUCUGAGUGUCUAUGGUGUAUUGAAUAUCUAUGACAUAAAUGGAACUUAAGGAACACCAUAUUCGAGGAUUUUGUUCGAAAAAUGUAGUCACAACGAAUAUUACUACGAUGGUUUUGUUAGUUUUUGCUUGCCUUUAUAUCAACGUGUUAACAUUGGUUCCAGAUUAACUAAAUUCAAUGUUUAUGUAACCAAAUGCUCCAAUGUAUAUAAAUAUGACUUAUAUCCUAGGAAAAGAUGCGGUGACAUAAAUGAUACCUAAUUAUUUUAGUUCAUUGAAGAAAAGAAGAUCCAAAUUAGAUUUUAAACUCAGUAUUUCGAUGAAAAUAGCACAGAAUUUUACAAUUAGCAUAAUGAUUAUAUACCUCUGACUUUAUAUUCUUAAUUUUAGACCCAAUAAGUGGUUUAAUUGAGCACCAAUAAGAUUAAAUAUAGCAAUUCGCUACUGCAUGAAAGCUUAGAUAUUGUUGAGAAAGAAUUUUUAAGCACAAAAAAGGGAUAUAUUAAUAGAUAUCCAUUAAAUACAACUACUUUAUAAUUUCUUGAUAUUUAGUAUGAAAUCUCAAAUGAAUAAGAAGAACUUGUCAUCGUCAAGACUAAUUUGGUCCAAAUACUCUCAAGCGUUGGUGGUCUAGCUGGAUCUAUUUACUUUAUCAUUAAGCUGUUCAUGAACCCUAUUCAAAGUUUUAUUUACUACUAGAGCAUAAUUAAGCAAACUUACUUAGUUGAUUAAACUGCAUUAAAUGAUAAAAAGAAAAAGUUAAAAUAGAAUGAUGAUGAUGAACCUCAUUAGCAACCACCAGACUUGGAGAGCAAAUAAAAUGACAAGCCAAAUUUACUUAUCAGAGGUUAAGAUUUAAAAGGUUAGACGCAAGCCUAGAAUAUGUAUACCUUCUUUUUAUUGAUUCAAGUUCUUCUCUAGAGAAAUCCUUUCUCAUACUCUCCCAUUUUUGCUUUUGGAACAUAUAUUAAGAGUCUUGUUAUGUUUAGAAGGAAAUAUAUCUAUCUUGAGAUUCAUAGAAUGGGAAAAGAAUUGAUAGAAAAACAACUUGAUGUAAGUAUUAUGCUAAGGGACUUGAGAACCUUAAAAAUGUCAAAUAACCUUCUUCUCAGCAAAUUCUAAAAAAGACUUAUACCAUUCCUAUAACCAUACCUUUUAAACAAGAAAUUAGAAGCAAAGUAAUUAAAAUAGGAUGAAAAUUCAAAAAUGAGUAAAGAAGAAAGACUUAAAAAAUUCCAAAAUGAGAAGCUCUCUAAUUUGAUUGAAUUCUUUGUAAACUACCAAAAAUAAUGCAAUGAUGUUGAUAAAGCAAUGUUUGAUUAACUCAUGUAGGACAAAGAAAAAGACACUCAUAGUUUGGAGGUUCAAAUAUUUUCUGGUAUACUCAGGUAAUAUGUAGCGGAUCACUUAAAGACUUUAUACGAAAAUCAAAUUAUCCAUCCUCCUACAGAUUCAAAGAUCUUGUCUGACUAGCAAAAGGUAGACAAUUAUCCGUUAAAAACACUUUAAAUAAUCUAAGCCUCUAAUUAAGCCUAGAGAUCAAGAAGAAAUAGCUAUAUUGGUCCUCAAGAAAAUGAAAAUGACGAUAAAAACCUGUUCGUUCUCAAUGAAAGUCACUCAGAUAGAGGUAAUAACGCUGCUGAUAAAAUGGAGCUUUUGUAAAUUGCUGAUGAAAAUAAUCAAUGGAAUGUUAAUGUACCUAAAAUCAGUAGCAUUUCACCAAAAAAAUUGACAUGA